AAAUAGUAAUAAAUUGAUGUCUCCGCUUGGCGCUCUUUUCACGAACACUUUACAAACAUUUCGGCGCCUGUCUUCCCGGCUUUUUGUUGUAAACAUAUUACAAAUGAAACUUUAAACGCUUGACUAAUAAUGGCUAAAGUACAUAUAAGUAACGUAACAGUUUUGGACAAUCCAUCAUCUUUCCUUAACCCGUUCCAAUUCGAAAUAACUUUUGAGUGCACAGAAGAUCUAGCGACAGAUUUAGAGUGGAAGAUCAUCUAUGUGGGAUCUGCCGAAAGCGUGGAACAUGAUCAGAUACUUGAAACUGUCCUAGUCGGACCUGUACCUGCAGGAUGCCACAAGUUCGUGUUUGAGGCACCUGCACCUGACAUAAACAAGAUUCCAAUCAACGAUGUUGUCGGAGUGACGGUCGUCCUUCUCACCUGCUCUUACAGGAGUAAAGAGUUCAUUCGUGUGGGAUAUUAUGUCAACAAUUUCUACCGCUCAGAAGAUGUAGAGUUGAACGAAAAUCCACCAGCAAUACCUAUUUAUGAACAGCUUCAACGAACAAUUGUAACAAAAGAUGUCAGAGUGACCAAGUUCAAAAUUGAUUGGGACGACGAGGUUCAAGCUGACACUAAUAACGCAGAAAAUGUGCCCCCUGUUGGCAACCCUGAAAAUGCUGCUAAUCAAGAACGUGACAGGGAGCCCAUGAAACCUGCCAACUUCUCCAACGAAAGCAACAGUGUUGGUGUUGCCAUGGAUACAAGUUAAUAAGAAUGGCAAACCAUGUGGGAAUAAAGACAAACAGUGAUAUCUUCUGGAAUAGAGAAAUGUGAAAAAUAUUUCCUCUGUCAUUUGGACAAGUGUGUUGGCAGCAGCUAAUGACAUCAAGGAUUUACAUCUAUGUAGAAAUAUCCUAACAUUGUGAGAGACAUACUCCUUGACAUCAAAUAGACUGUUCUGAACUACAGUGACUCCUUGUUAAUCCAGACACCCUGCUAUCCAGACAAUGCUGCUAGGAACUUCUACCAUAUAUAUAAUAAUAAGUACCCAGAGGCCAUUAGUACCUAGCAAUGAAUAGCCCAUCUGGAAAUAUUAUCAAUCCCUUUUCACUGGGAAGGGUUGUGUCCAGAUUAAGAGGGUGUCACUGUAUCCUGUUCCACAGAGCCCAGCUGUGAAUGUGCUAGAGAUGCAAAGUGCUACCGUAAAUUUUGUCCACACCUGACUGACCUAGUAACCAUGGCAACAGUGUAAAGUUCUGAAUUGAAACAGGAAAAAACAAAAUUGACCACGUUCAGAAUUUCUAAAUGGUAUCUUCAGGCAGCCCAAACAUGAUAGGAACAUAUAUUUACAUUCAAUGAAGCAAGGCACUUUAGUGAUUGUUGUGUUCAUUUUUUCCUGAUUGAUAAAAAGGGCUGUGAUGAUUGAAUGAAGAUUAGGUUUGUCCAACACGUGCUACAGCGUGAAGUCAGGAAUGAGGACAAAAAGACUAAGGACGUUUGGUAUGAAAAUAAAUGAAGUACUAUUUUCAUAUGUUUUGUUUAAGAUUUCCUAAGCUAUUUGUUUGAUUUACUUAAGCUUGCUGAUUAUGUUUUGGUAGGCUGUCAAAUUCCUCAUUUCUGGUGUCCCCCCACUGGAAUAUUUCAACAAACAUGCAGUGGAAAACCAUACUCACUCACUCACCUACUCAGCCUCAGGAUGGACAAGGGGCGGUCGGGUAGCCUAGUGGUUAAAGCGUUCGCUCUUCACGCCGAAGACCCGGGUUCGAUUCCCGACAUGGGUACAAUGUGUGAAGCCCAUUUCUGGUGUCCCCCGCCGUGAUAUUGCUGGAAUAUUGCUAAAAGCGGCGUUAAACCAAACUCACCUACUCAGCCUCAGGAUGGACAAUGUUAAUUCAUUACACAUGGCAGUGUCAAGUCUUCAUCUCAUGUAUUGCAUCGCGACCUUUAAUGGAGAUACAUAUCUUCCAGCAUCCAAGUGUAUUGUUAAACCAGCAUUCAGAACACCUCAAAUAUGGAUCCAGCCAUUGACUUGCUACUCUAGGAGCUUUUCAGUACCAUUAUCCCGCCUCUUAAAUCACAAUAGAAAUCUAUCUGUAACACCAAGGAUGUAACACUAUAUUUCAAGAUGGUAUGACAAAAGAUGCAAUCAAGCAUAACUUAUUCACAUCAGCCUAAUGUUAGAUUGAUAAAACAAUCGGUGUGGUGUCUAAAUUAAACUAAAUUUCAAUCUUACAUUAAAUUAGGAGUCUAAUACGUUAAUACAAUAAUUGAUUGUGUAUUAUAACAGACAUGAAGGAGAACACUGUAACUAAUUAUGUCUGUGUGCUGUCUGUGCCAGAUUCUUUUGAGUCUACAUGGCUCUUCACAUCGUUUUCAGUAGAGUUCAGUGUUGCGCAGACUUAGCUAGGCUUAAGAGAUCAAAAAGAAUUGUUCUACACUUUGGCUUCAGGGUAAUGGCUAAGGUCGCAGGAUGCCAGGAAGAUCACUUCUUGGGGUUAUCAGCAGGGGGCUAUUUUGAAGAUUGGUAAGCAUAGUUACAGCCCUAUUAUUAAUGCAGGAAUGAGUUUAGGAAACAGUAAAACACUAAAUCGGACUUUAUGCCUUAUGAUAUUCUGGAUAAAAAUAGGGCCAAGUAACACUUCUUGUAGGAGACGACUAAAUGGAUCAAGAAGUCAGACUUUGUGACAUGAUUGAAAGAUAUAUACACAGACAGUGUGAGACGUGCCCAUGAUAUCAAUCACUGGUUUGUCGGGCCCUGAACUGAUUAUAGAGAUGCUGCCAUGAUACAGAUGGAAUAUUGCUGACACAACAACGAAGGUCAUAUGAUGGGCCCUUCUAUGGGUUGGGUGGGAAAUUAAGUUAGUUCAUGAACGGGUGGAUGCAUUUGCAUGUCCGGACUUCAACAGGGUAUAUGGUCACAAUCACUUAGGAAUACCCUGUUUUCCUUCCAAGCUUGGUCAAAAUAUAUUUUGCUGUGGGCAUUUCACGUAUCGUGUAAUGCAUGUUAUGCAUCAUGGCGUUUAGUUUGUCAUAGUUUUGUAAUGAGCUGGCUGUGGUGUACCUAGGUUACCAUGGUUACGUAACAUUUUGUCUAUUCAUCUUUGUGUUUCAUCUUCAUGUAUACUGAAUAUUUAUUUUUUUAUGAUUUUUUUAAAGUACUAGUAAAUGCUUCAGUAAAUAUGUAUUCAACUUUUUCUUUUCAUUCAGCGUGUCCAGAGUCCCAUCAGAUCCAUGUCAAGCAUGUCAUCAUGUAAAUGUAUUUGUUUAUGAAGGGAUGAAGAUAAUGCUUCAUGCUGUGAACCAAAAUCUAGAACUAGAGUAUGAGACUGAGAAUUAGUUACAUUGCUCAUUCACAUUGAACUGUCAUUUAUCAUCAACAACACCAAAAAAGUCACUGUUGACAAAACCUCAUGACUAUGGUCACCAUCACCACAUUUAUCACAAUCAGUGCAAGGCUGUAAUCAAAUUAUAUUAUUCCUGUUUCACCUCUCAAGAGGCCCAUCAGGGUUUGGGGUUAGAAUAUAUCUCCAGCAACAUGUGAUUGUUGUACAAUAUUACAGGCAGCAUUAGAAAUUGGCACUAGUCCUAUAGCCCUAGCCAAACUGCCCAAUGGUUAAGGUAUCAUAAAGACUAGUAGAAAUUUGCCCUUUUUAAGGGUUUUGCUAUAUGUUAUUAUAAGGACUAGUGGACGAAAACUGUUAAUUUCUACCGCUGACAAGCCUGUGAUAUUUCCACCUGAAGUCAUAUUUUAUCUACAUUUUUCCCCCAACUUGAUAUAAUUUCUGUUGAAAAAUAUAAGAAGUUUCAAUGCUUGAGAAGGGGUUUUUUUCCAGUCUUUUUAUUGUUGUUUGGUCUUCCUUCAAUCACAUGCCUGGAUGUUACAACAGGGAUAGGGGCGGUGGGGUAGCCUAGUGGUUAAAACAUUCGCUCGUCACGCCGAACACCCAGGUUUGAUUCACGACAUGGGUACAAUGUGUGAAGCCCAUUUCUGGUGUACCCCGCUGUGAUGUUGCUCGAAUAUUGCUAAAAGCGGAGUAAAACCAUACUCCCUCACUUGCUCAUUACAACAGGGGUAGCUGUCAGGCUCCAUACCUGGAUGAUUGCGUCAUACAGAGGUGGCAUGGGAUGUUCAUAAUAACAAUCACUGGUUUAUCUGGUCCAGACUUGUUAAACAACAAACUUAAACAAGUAGCAUUCAUUUUUGGAUCCAGAAUUUUGGGACAUUCCUUAUAACUCAGGAGCCUCUGAAUUGCCAAAUAAAUGAUGAGGGACGAUACCUUUUAACUUUUUUUCUUGGCUACCCAUUGAUUCUGGCAAAUUCUUGUGAUGCAUGUGGUGAUGUGUUCUCAAGACAAUUCCUAGGCAGGCUCCAAUCUGACUAAAAUGUUGAAUCUUUUAAGAUUAGAUCUGGAUCAGUGUCGUAAUGGAAUUGUAUUCAUAGUCAUGUAAUACCAGGCUAUUGAUCAUGACUUAAGCUUAUAUUUAAUAUUUUGAUAUUGUAUAUAUCAGUGUGUUGUCUCUCUAGUCUACCAAAUCAACAGAAAUAAAUUUGGUGACGUUA